AUGUUCACUGCGGGGAGUGGGUGGGUCGGUCGGCGUGCCAGCGUACUUCAACGGCAGGGCGGGCUGCUAGCAAGAGGGGCAGGGGCUGCUGAUGGCCCUACGACCGGUGUGUCCCGGCCUACCCAAGGCCGUGGUGGCGACGGUAAGGAGGAGGAGGCGAUGAGGAAGCUGGAUGAGCGCGACCUUAGGCAGCGGAAGUUCACCAAAGGGAUGAAACAGCUGGGGUACCGCGGCGGGUGGAAAGCCGUGCGAGCGUGCGGCAGAGGAAAGAAGUGGAAGCCGGCCGUCGAGCUGCUGGACAGCAUGCGGCGAGAAGGCCUGGUGCCCGAUGGGGGGGGGAUUUUUUAA